CACGGAUCCCAGGGAGUUUGCAUCUCUCCGAGCCGGGCUCUCUGGGGCCAUGGGGGGCCCUGGGGCGGGACGUGGGGCGCCGGCGGUGGCACUGCUGGCAGUCCUGGCUUCUGCUCUGCUGAUCCCAGAGGCCGGCUCCCUGCGCUGUCACAGCCACAGCUCCGUCCUGCUCCGCGACCGGGGGGGUAAACGCCUCGACAGCAUCGUCACCCACAAUGGCACCGAGUCCUGCGCCCCGGCCCACAGCGCCUGCAUGGAGGCUGCCGUCACCCUCAGCGCAGGGGGCAUGUCCGUGACUCUGAUCCAAAGGGGGUGCAGAGAUGGACACCCCAAGGGAGGGACCGAACCCCCCGCUGCGCCCAGCAGAUUCCUCCACAUCCAGGCCGAUGUGCGCUACUGCCAGUCUGACCAGUGCAAUGCCAAGGGGCUGGGGCUGGGGCGCCCCGGCCAGGGCACAGCUCCGGCCCCCGAUGGCCCCACCCAGUGCUACGCCGGCCUGAGCCUCGGCCCCCAGCCCCACACUCUGGAGCGGGUGACGUGUGACGGGGACGAUGCCCGCUGUUACCAUGGCAAUGUCACCCUCACAGCAGGGAAGCUCACGGUGCCCAUCUUCGUGUGGAGCUGCCAGGCCCCGUCCUGCGCCGUACCGCCCAGCCGCCACGUCGGCCCCCUGCAGCUCAGCCAGGCCGGCGCCUGCUGCGCCGGCAGCGACUGCAACGGGCAGAGGGUCCUGGCACAGGUCUCUGGAAACGUCAGCCAUGACCCCCUCGCCAACACCGCGGCCAGGAAAGACCACAAACACCCCGGGCGCAGCCACGGCACGGCUCCCACGAGGCCGCCCUACCCAGAUGAACACACGGAGACACGUUAUCCGGACCUAGACGCCAGCGACGACUUCACGGAGACACGUUAUCCGGACCUAGACGUCAUCGGCUACGACAACCGCACGGAGCCAUCCGACCCCGGCUACAAGGGGGACCUGCCCCACAGCACCCGCCCCCGCGCCCGCCCCACCGAGCCCGGCAAGAAAAACAGCUACCCCAAAUCCACCGUCCGCCCCGGCCACAAGCACCCCAAUCCCGGGGCCCAGGGCUCCCAGGCGCCCGGCCUACGCCUCUGCCCCCUGCUGGUGGUGCUGGGGAUAGCCCACCUGGGGCUGUGA